AUGCCACCAAUAGCAAAUCUCGAGUCCACGGCACUUUCGUCUACACCGUUGUCAUUACCCCUCACCCCGGUGUUUCCAAGUCAACCGCCACUCGAGACGCACCAUGAGUUGUCCAUCGCUGCCGACCAAUCUCAUCCUGGCCGCGAGGUCAAGAACCGCGUCUUCAACUACUAUUUCCUCUUUCUGGCCCUACUGACGGCUGCAUUGGCUGCAUUGUUGUGGUGGAUACAUCGUCAGAGACGGCGCGAGCGGGAGCAGAUAAGGUCGGAAGGGCAACAUGCUCUGGCACGGGAUGUCGAACGCUGGGCAAUCUACAGACGCAAUCAGCCACCAACAGUCGAGGGCCUCAACGAGUCUGGGGAAGCACCACCGCCGUAUAAACCCAAGGACGACACCGUUGCGACGCUUGAGCCUAUCAAUGAUAACCCUGAGCUGGCCGAUGAUGUGGCGAUACCUCCAAGGGUUCGAACACGAGAUGGGAUAGAGCAUGCUCGACUACCAGAAUACGUCAAAUCUAUUCGCCUUGAUCACAGCGACUCAAGCCUUGAAUCAGCGAGGCCGGCUGUUCAGACCUUAUCCGCUCGCCCAGGCGGCAAUGCCACUUGA